GGGUUGUUGCCUUUUGAUUGAAGCAUCUUAAUUGAAAUACCCACUUAAUUUAUGACACAUUGCUCUUGUCCAUUAGCACAUGAUGGGUUAAUGUGUGAGAUAAUCAACCCUCCAGCACAGACCACCGGACCUCAAGCUCUGUGCACAUCGCCUCCAGGAACCCGUGCCUGGAAGGUGUCCACUUUCCUGUCAUGCAAGGAGAUCAGAGAACUUGAUACGUGCCACCAUAAAGGUAAACAUGACCCUUCAGUGUUUGCUUGUGACCUGCCUUUUCCUGCUAAUUUGUGAUUCCUGUGAGUUCUUCGCUGGAGCAGACUAUCCUAGGGACUAUCCUUGCCAUGAGACAAGACAAAAUUCCUCUGUUAUUGCAGAGUGCAGUGGUCUUGACCUGCGUGAAGUUCCCAAAGGAGUGAGCAAAUAUGUGACAGAACUAGACCUGUCUAGUAAUUUCAUCACACUCAUAACAAAUGAAUCAUUUCGAGGGCUGGGAAAUCUUACUAAAAUAAAUCUAAACCACAACGUCGUGCUACCACCCUACAUUGAAAAUCAUUAUACAAAUAAAAACGGCCUGACUAUUACAGAUGGGGCCUUCUUUGACCUUCAAAACCUAACAGAGUUACUGCUUGAAGACAACCAGUUAAACAAAAUACCUGCUAAUUUGCCAAGGUCUUUGAAAACACUUAGUCUAAUUCAAAACAACAUAGUUUUUAUAACUGAAAACAAUACUUCUGGACUUGGGAAUCUGGAAACUCUCUAUUUGGGCUGGAACUGCUAUUUUGGCAAUGCUUGUAAUCAAACUUUUUGUCUAAGCAACAGAACAUUUAAAGAGACGACAAAUUUGAAGGUGCUUUCACUAUCUUUUAAUAACCUUUCCCAAGUGCCACACAACCUGCCACGCUCCCUCACAAACUUGUAUCUCAGCAACACCAAUAUCCAUGUCAUCCAUCGAGGAGACUUCAAGAAAUUGGAAAAUUUAAGAGUACUAGAUUUAAGCGGGAACUGUCCAAAGUGUUUCAACGCCCCAUUUCCCUGUACACCUUGUCCAGGAGGCGCUUCAAUUGUCAUAGAUAAUCUUGCUUUUCAUGACCUCUCCAAUCUUCAAAUCUUGAACCUCUCCAGCACUUCCCUCCGCAAGAUUCCUGCAACCUGGUUUGACAAGAUGCAUCAUCUGAAGGAGCUGUAUCUUCAAUUCAACAAUUUAGCACAAGAAAUAAUGUCUGGGGACUUUUUAGCAAAGCUGCCCGUCUUAGAAAUACUUGACUUAUCUUUUAACUAUAUAAAGGGAGACUAUCCAGCAAAUAUUAAUAUUUCUUCAAAAUUCAUUAACCUUAAGAGUCUCCGGGAAUUGCACUUAGAAGGUUAUGUGUUCCAGGAACUUAGGCAAAAAGAUUUGGAGCCCUUGGCAAACCUCUCAAAUUUAACGACUAUCAACUUGGGUGUUAACUUUAUUAAGCAAAUUGAUUUUACCUUUUUCCGAAACCAUCGCAACCUGAAGGUCGUUUACUUGUCAUUAAACAGAAUAUCACCCUUGGUAAAUGGUAUCAGGCAAUAUGAUGCAAAUGACUCCACUGGCCAAAGUCAUAUCCGUAAGCCACGUUCAGCAAAUAAUAAGUUUGACCCGCUUUCGAAUUUUUAUCAUAGCACCAAUCCUUUAAUAAAGCCACAAUGUACAACUUAUGGCAAAGCCUUAGAUUUAAGCUUGAACAAUAUUUUCUUUAUUGGGCAAAAGCAAUUUGAAGCUUUUCAAAAUGAAAUUGCCUGCUUAAAUCUGUCUUCAAAUGACAAUGCUCAAGCAUUAAAUGGAACUGAAUUUUCAGCUGUGUCUAAUGUCAAAUAUUUGGAUUUGUCACACAAUAAACUAGACUUUGAUAGUGAUCUUGCUUUCAGUGAAUUGACUAAAUUAGAAGUUCUAGAUCUCAGCUACAAUGCACACUAUUUUCAAAUAGCAGGGGUAACGCACCGUCUAGGAUUCAUUAAAAACUUAACGAAGCUAAACAUUUUAAACCUGAGCUACAACUCCAUUUAUACUUUAACAGAGUACAAUCUGAGUAGCGUGUCCCUGCAAGAAUUAGUUUUCAGUGGCAACUGCCUUGAUCAAUUGUGGCAUGCUGAGGAUGACAGGUACAACGCCAUUUUUAAAGGUCUCAGGAACCUGACCCGGCUUGAUUUAUCCUAUAAUAAGCUGCAGCGUAUCCCAGAUGAAGCUUUUGUUAACUUGCCCCAGAAUCUCACUGAACUGUAUAUAAAUAAUAAUUACUUACAGUUCUUUAACUGGUCAUUACUUCAGCAGUUUGUUCAUCUCAACUUGCUCGAUUUAAGUAGAAACCAUCUCUAUUUUUUAACUUAUAGCCUAUCUAAAUUCACACCUUCUCUUCAGACGCUGCUACUGAGUCACAAUAGGAUUUUCCACCUGCCUUCCGGCUUUCUUUCUGAAGCCAGAAAUCUGGUACACCUCGAUCUCAGUUACAACAAGCUACAGACAAUCAACAGAUCCACACUUCAAACUCAGAACACCACCAAGCUAGCUGUUUUGCAACUACAUAAAAACCCUUUUGACUGUACUUGUGACCUGGGAGAUUUUCGAAGAUGGAUGGAUGAAAAUCUGCAUGUCAGAAUUCCUAGACUGGCAGCCAUCACUUGUGACAGUCCUGGAAAUCAAAGAGGGAAGAGUAUUAUAAAACUAGAGCUAACCACCUGUGUUUCAGACACCAUUGCGGCCACAUUAUGUUUCUUCACGUCCUUCAUCACCAUCGUGGUUAUAUUGGCUGCCUUGGGUCACCAUUGGUUUUACUGGGAUGUUUGGUUUAUCUAUCAAGUGUGUUUAGCUAAGGUAAAAGGCUAUAGGUCUCUUUCCACAUCCCAAACUUUCUACGAUGCUUAUGUUUCUUAUGACACCAAAGAUGCCUCUGUUACGGACUGGGUGAUAAAUGAGCUACGCUUUCACCUAGAAGAGAGUGAAGAAAAAAAUGUGCUCCUGUGUUUGGAGGAGAGGGAUUGGGACCCGGGAUUAGCCGUCAUUGAUAACCUCAUGCAGAGCAUCAACCAAAGCAAAAAAACAAUAUUUGUUUUAACCAAAAAAUAUGCAAGAAGCUGGAGCUUUAAAACCGCCUUCUACUUGGCCUUGCAGAGGCUAAUGGAUGAGAAUAUGGAUGUGAUUGUAUUUAUUCUGCUGGAGCCAGUGUUACAGCAUUCUCAGUAUCUGAGGCUGAGGCAGAGAAUCUGCAAGAGCUCCAUCCUCCAAUGGCCUGACAACCCCAAGGCAGAAGAUUUGUUUUGGCAAAGUCUGAAAAAUGUGGUCUUAACUGAAAAUGAUUCACGGUAUAACAAUUUGUAUGUUGAUUCCAUUAAGCAAUACUAAUUGAUGUUAAGUCAUGGUUCACCAACAUAAUACAAAUGCAAAGAAAUAACCCUUCUGCCUUAGUAAUCUAUUGCUGCAUAACAAAUGACCCCAAAACGUAGUGGCUUAAAACAAUACAAUUUGCUAUCUCAUAGUCUCUGUGGGUCAGGAGUCCAGGCACGGCCUAGCUGGGUUCUCUGCUCGGGGUCUAUCAGAGGCUGCAAUGGAGGUGUCAGCCAGAGCCAUAGGCAUCUCCUGGGGUGAGGAUCUACUUCCAAGCUCACACUCAUGUGGUUGUUUUCAGGAUUUGGUUCCUUCUGGGCUGUUGGCCAAAGGCUGCUCUCAGGUCCCAGCCACGUGGACCUCUUCCACAUGGCAGCUUGUUUCACCAAGGCCAACAAGAGAGAGAGUGUUGGCAAGAUGGAAGUCACCGUCUUUUGUUAUCUAACCAGGAAAGUGACAUCCCAUCAAUUUGACCAUAUUCUAUUUGUUAGAAGUAGAUCACAGGUCCCACCAGCUCAGUAGGAGUGAUCACCUCAGUCCAGGAAAACUAGUCUAUGACCGAGUUGUGAUGGCUUCAAUCAGCCUGCCAUCUCGGGCAGAGAUUGUGAAUCUCAGGAGGCGGGGAUUAUUGUAUGCCAUUUUAGCAGCUGGCCUACUCCAUCUUCUUUUCAAUAUCUAAGAACUUUUGAAACCGCAACUAAUAGUUCUGAUGUUAAGUUGCUGUUUAGAUUUAUCAUAUAUCCAUGGUUACAUGAUUAUAUUAUGCUGUGGUUGCAUUAGUCUUUCUUUUAGAAUUACUUUUAUAAAUAUUGGCUAUAGUAUUUGACUUCUAAGGUUUAGAUGCCAUUUAAAGGCUGAGAUAGCUUUUUUAAGUGUUUAUUUUUUUUUUAACUUCUUAACCAUUUUUUAGAGUAUACAGCUAAAUUAGAAAGAUUUAGAGUAUCUAUCAAUUGGAGUUGCUGCAAAUCGUGGAUGAUAAAAAAUGCUUCAUUUCGGGGCAGCUGGUUAGCCCAGUUGGUUAGAGCGCGGUGCUCUUAACAACAAGGUUGCCGGUUCGAUCCCCACAUGGGCCACUGUGAGCUGCAUUCUCCACAACUAGAUUGAAAUGACUACUUGACUUGGAGCUGAUGGGUCCUAGAAAAACACACCUUUAAAAAAAUGCUUCAUUUCAUAUGAUGGACAUAUGACAAAUAUACAGUAGGGAAAUAGAUCUAUAAUAUAAAAGAAAUUGCCACCUACACUGGAUUUUUUGAGAAUAGUUUAAAAAAAAUUUUUGGUAGAAAUCAAAAGGGAAACAGUUUUCAUGAAGUUUGUACAUUCAGAUAAUUAAUAGAGAAAUUAAUUCUCUCUUUACUUCCUACUCGGAAGACAUAAAGUCAAAAUGCCUACCUGUUGGCACCCUUUCUGCUUUUCUCCCAAAUGAAACAACUUUGGCACUCCCCUUCACCUCUGUUGUCCCCUUGGUUCCUCUGUAUCGGUCCAUAACAUCCUCUGUCCAGUAUAGGUAUAAACCUUGAAGAGGCACCUAUGAAAUUUACCUGGGAAUAACUGGAAAUUAUACAAGCAUAAUAAAAUAAAGUCCCUUCAGAAUGAAAAGAAGAAAACUCUCCAACGCACCAUCCUUCCUUAAGUACAGUCUCUUAUUAAUCUUACAGGAUGAAUUAUCUUUAUAUGUUUAUAAGAAACUAAACAAAAUGGUGUGUCAUAGUGUUACCAUGUUUCCCCGAAAAUA